GAUCCUCUCUCUUUCUCUCUAGGGUAGUAACGGAGAAGGAACCCCUCGGGAAUAAAGAGACUGUGGCUUAUAAACAGGAUUGUGAUUUGAUAUUUGCUGCUCCUCAAUUCUUUGGGAAAAUUAACAAUGAAAUUGAUUAUAUUGGAGGACGCGACGAAGGCCACUGAAUGGGCUGCCAAAUAUAUCCGCAAUCAGAUCAUUCGGUUCAACCCUGGGCCAGAGAGAUACUUCACCCUGGGCUUGCCGACUGGAAGCACUCCAUUAGGGUGUUAUAAAAAGCUAAUUGAAUAUUACAGAAAUGGAGAUCUGUCUUUCAAAUAUGUGAAGACCUUCAACAUGGAUGAAUAUGUGGGACUUCCAAGGGACCAUCCGGAAAGCUUUCACUCUUUCAUGUGGAACAAUUUCUUUAACUACAUGGAUAUCCUGCCUGAAAACGCCCACAUUCUGGAUGGGACUGCCCCUGACCUGGAUGCGGAGUGCAGAGCCUUUGAGGAGAAAAUUAAGUCGACCGGAGGAAUCGAGCUGUUUGUCGGAGGUAUUGGUCCAGAUGGCCACAUUGCUUUCAAUGAACCAGGAUCCAGUCUGGUGUCCCGCACAAGAGUGAAGACUUUGGCCAUGGAUACAAUAUUGGCCAACGCUAGAUUCUUUAAUGGAGAUUCCUCUAAAGUUCCUACCAUGGCUUUGACUGUCGGAGUAGGUACUGUAAUGGAUGCCAGAGAGGUGUUGAUCCUCAUCACAGGAGCCCACAAGUCUUUAGCUCUACAUAAAGCGAUAGAAGAUGGUGUGAACCACAUGUCCACGGUCUCGGCCCUUCAGCAACAUCCCAAAACUCUCUUUGUUUGUGAUGAGGACGCCACGUCGGAACUCCGUAUGAAAACUGUCCGGUACUUUAAAGGUCUGUCGGAAGUUCACAAUAAACUCGUGGAACCGUUGUAUAGCAUGAAACAACCGUGUACCAUUAAACAGUGUGAAUGAAGACCAUGGGACUGCAUCUCCUUCCAGGGGUAUUCGUUCUACCGCAGGAGCCACUGAAGAAAGUCUAGUAUAUCAGGCUGCGAAUCUUAAGAUUGUUGAGUUUUGCUCUUCCCUCAGACCAUAAAGGGCCUGUCCCACUUUCGUGAGUUAUUCAUGAACUCUCCCGAGUUUUCCCCUUGAUUCGAACUCGGAGAAUUACGGUAGUAGCCGUUCGUAGGUACUCGGGGCUAUUUUUCUUUACUCGUGGACAUUUUUCAUCAUGCUCAAAAAACGUCCCGACUUACCUGAUGCCCCGAGUUCCUACGGCUGGCAUUACGAGCCGCUACGAAACAUCUACGGACUCCUGCGGCCUCUUACGAGCUCGCUACUGACAUUCCCCGACAUUCCCCGGGUUCGAAUCAAGGGGAAAACUCGGGAGAGUUUGUGAGUACCUCGGGAAAGUGGGACAGGGCCUUAAGACAUAGGAGCAGAAUGAGGCCGUUCAGCCCUUCUGCUCUGUCAUGGCCGAUCUGUGUUUCCCUCUCAACCACAUUCACCUGCCUUCUUCUCCCUGUCAUCUUUGACAAAAACCUUAUUCACCAAAAACCUAUCAAUCUCCGCAUUAAAAACACCCAAUGACUUGGCCACCACAGCCGUCUGUGGCAAUGAA